UACGUAGGGUUGGUGGGUGCUGAAGUCCAAUUUUGAGCAUGAGUUCUACGUGUAAACCGCAUUUAAAUUAGCUAUGGACUACAUAUACCAUACUGGCGCUGCCGUUUAACCCAAGGUGGGAAGAAGGAGAUCGGCAUGGCAUCAGGGCAUCUCGCAAAAGCCUUACGGGUUGGCUGCCGUAGACCCUUCUCGGUCAUACACGUUCACAGCCGUAUGCAUGGGACUGCGGUUGUCGCGCAAACUCAUGACGUGCAGAAUGACAGCAGAGGUGUAAACGACAAGAUUCUCACCCAGCCCUUGAAGCACCCUGACUACUUCCGCCUGUCAGAACUGUUUUCCCUAAAGGACCUAUUUGAGGCUAGGGUUCACCUUGGCCACAAAAGAGGCUGCAGACAUAGGUUAAUGGAGCCAUACUUAUUUGGUUGUCGGCUGGAGCAGGACAUUAUUGACCUAGAUAAAACAGUGGAGCACCUGCAGCAAGCGCUCAACUUCACCGCCCAUGUGGCAUACCGAGGUGGUGUGAUCCUACUUGUCAGCCGGCGCAGGCAGUUCGGCCACCUGAUAGAGAAUACCGCACGGGAAUGUGGGGAGUACGCCCACACUCGCUAUUGGCAAGGUGGCCUGCUGACCAAUGCGCCUGUUCAGUACGGCCCAGGCGUCCGUCUCCCUGACCUUAUAAUCUUCCUCUCCGCCCUCAAUAAUGUAUUCCAGCAGCAUGUCGGCAUCCGAGAUGCCGCAAAAAUGAACAUCCCUACUGUGGGUGUGGUGGACUCUGAUUGCAACCCUAGCCUGGUUACCUUCCCUAUCCCUGGCAAUGACGACUCGCCCUCCUCCGUGGAGCUCUACUGCAAGCUUUUUAAGAUGACCAUUAACCGUGCCAAGGACAAAAGGAAGCAGAUGGAGUUGUUACAAGGCCUCGUCAGCCCUAGCUCAUGAGAAUGUGGGCCUCCUGUGUAGAUUCACUCAGUAACCCAAAACUCACUCACCUUUAGUGACUCGAAAAGAGAGGCCCUGUGCUGGCUGUCCUAGAGGCCGUGUUAUGUCCAGUCUUGAGCAUUUCCUUUCAUUUCCUGUUUGAAUAAGACUGCAUUACAUAGGAUGGAAUGAUAUGAUAAAAAGCAGUGAUAUAAUGAUGUAACUUAUAUUAUUGUACAUUAUGUGCGGAAAGGUUUACUGCUGUUGUUUGCAUAUCAGCUUCUUAUUAUGUCAGCUGUCCUGAAUCAGAACUCAACAGGUUAAUUUUAAUUAACCAUUUCUGUAUCCGGUCUUUUCAUUGUUUUGUGAUUUAGUUGCUUUAAAUGCAUGUUGAUUAAAUAUUACUUGUGCGUCACGGAAACAAAAAAUAAAAUAUAAUUAAAAGCUGUGUAAUUGGGACCUUUAGCAUGUCAAAACAAAAUUAUUAGUUCUAAGCCUUGUCUACUAAUUAUUUGCAGUUUUUUUAAUAAUAAUUUUUCAAAAAAUUAGUACUCCAUUCAUCAGCUAAAUGUUACUAUAUAGGUGUUUUUUAAGGGGUGCACUUGCAGAUGGAACUGUGUAAUGUUUUGUCAUUGUUAAGAUUUAAUGAAGAUGCUCAUUUUUGAAAAACCACACAAUAUCUUCCAUUAUUUUAGUUAUUUUUAAUUUCAGUUUGCACAGAUAACCACCAGUGUAGAUUGGGGGCUUGGUCAGUCCUGAAUCUGUUUAAAUUGUACCAUUCUUUGGUUAUGUUCAGAUUACAGGCUGAAGUGGCCCAAAUCCGAUUUUUUUUUUUUUGCCUACAUUUGACACCGAUCUUUUUUUUUUCUAAGCUGUCUGAACACAAAAAUCUGAUCUUUUCAUAUUUGGGCCACUUCCAGAUGCGUUCCUAGAUUGGAUACAUAUCCCACCUGUGGCCAUGCGACCGCUAUGAGAACGGUCAGAUCAUAAUUCAUGUGUCAUUUAUUUAUUUAUUUUCAAAGCUACAGUUCACUGUGCAGGUGCAGAUCACAUUCAUCAUCACUCCUUUGGUCUUCCUCCGCCUUCAUGUCUUCAUCCUCAACAUCACUGAAGCAUCAUUCGACCUCCACAGCAAACAAUCUUGGGACGUGUCCAGUUACUUGCCUACUAUUGAGUAUACAAGUUUUAUAUAGCUUGUAUGCAACUUGUAUACUCAGUAGUAGGCAAGUAAGUUGUUUCAGACACAUCUUUGAUCAACACUUGCACUGCUAUUUCAUGAUUCCAUGAUGGACUGUUUCACAAGCAUUAGCCUACUUUUUUUUGUUGUUAAUGCUGGUUGUUUUAGGGCAGAGCUCUGUUCACACUUAAGACUACGUCAGAUAACGGUCGCUUACAAAUUAAUGUGAAGAGCUAAUGCAAAAAGAUCAGAUCUGAGCUAGAAAUCGUAAUUGAGCAUUAAGGCCUGUAAUGUUCUAUUCAUGAACUUGCCCGGUCCUGUUUUCUAAUCAAAUUUAGCAUUAUGUCUUGCUUUAUUCUCAGCCAUACAUUAUAUAAUCAGCUUUUGAGACUAUUAGCCUUUUAAGGUAGAUUAUUUGUGAUUAAAUAACCUAUGUUGGUGCACCUUCUGCCAUAACAUAAUACAAAUAAAGGGGACAAGGUAAAAUAUUUGGCAUUAAAAAUGUGGCAGUCGGCAGUAUUGACAGCAGGGUCUUAAGAUCGUUUCGUCUUAACGCCGUGCACUUUUGUUGCACAUGUGAAUGUUCACCAAUCAAAAUUAUCCGGUUUCAACCGUUGCCAAGUUCCUAGACGGUCUGCAACGUGCUCGCAGCCUUAUUAUUUUACUAAUUGUAGUGCCAUGUUCAUUCAGUUCCUGAAACAAUGCAUACAUUUUGGAACUACUACUUGCGGAGAGAGCUCUCAACUGACGCGCAAACUUAAUCCAUCUCACCAUUUCCUUAAUCAGUUUGGUAGGCUCACAUAACUGCAUACCGUCCAUACACGGUCCUGUGGGUAGGCAAGUCUUGUUACUGUCCCCUCCCUUACUGUUCUGAGUUUGUGCAGAUCCCGAUAACCAAUGAGGCCCCUUUAUAUUUGUCAAGGCCGAAUUUUAUUGGAGGAUACGUUGGCUUACGAAGUAGUACUCCUCCCUUUAAAAAGGAGCGACAAGCGCAAGUAAGUCUCUUCGUCAUUCGCGGUAGUAGUAUGCUGCCUCUUUGUGGAAGUGUUGCAUUGUUGAACAAUGGAUACAAUCAUGAAUCUGACAACCAUAAAUCAGCAACUUUGUGGAAGUGAGUUGCAUAGUUGAACAAUGGAUGCCACCAUGAAACUGGACACACACAAACCAGAUGCCUUGGAACAGAUGCAGUUCAGGACCAGUGUUCUCUACCUGUUACAGUUUUGCCCCAUGAGACGUAACCCUGGCCUAAGUGUCGCGGUUAUGCUAUAAGAGGGCAAACAGAAACUGGCUAUAAAUGGCCUAAGUGCCCUGCAGUGGGCAUUAGGUAUGGUACAUGGCCAGAGUCUCUGUAUUUCAGAUGCAUGCUUUAGAGGUAAGUGUGUUGCCACUAACAACAAAUAUUGCAGGUGUGUAAAAUCAGGACCCUUGUCGAAUCUGUUAACAUAAAUCCUGUUCAUAGGCUAUUUGACCAUGCAGUUUCUAUUGUCCCUUACCAACUACCCUGCUCAUUUCUUUUUCAUCAGCAAAUGGUCAAGACUGGCAGACACAAGCACGGAAGCAUUUUAGAGCGAAAUGGUGGUGAGUUUGUUUAUACUUUAUUCUCCUGAAACUGAAGUCUGAAAUUGGAUCACAGCCGUGUUGAAACAUUCAGAGAUGUGAUGCAUUAAACAUUUAGUUUCUGUGAACAUGGUAUUUGUUUUGUAUAUAGUGCCCAUUUCCAUCUUGACUAAAUUAUCCCUUUGAUACAUAUAUAACUACUGUUGACCUUCAGGAGUUUAGCUACAAAGCUAAAUUGCUUGCCUUUUAUUGACCAGUUUGGUAAUGGGUGUCCCUUAAGCUGUAAUGUAGUUUGGCUCAUUGGGGGGAAAUGGGGUAGGGCUUUCACCAUCCAUUUUGUACAUUUAUUGAUGUUGAAACGCUGCAGUGACACUGGGGUACAUUCAGGUCAAGCUUUAUGUAAUCUUUAACAAAGAUUGCAGCUGUGGUGGAGUCUGUUUCAAUCUAAAAAAUAACAUUCUCUAUACUUUACCUUUCAGUAUGCUCUCUGAAAUGUUGUGAUACUGUACAUUUUGCCUGUGUCAUUGAGUUUAACCUUUGCUUCUGAUGUGGGGAAAAUUGCAAAUCGAUUAAAACUGAUUCUAUUCUCAAA